CUCAAGUGGUUGAAGAACCGUCAUUUGCUAUAGGAGAUGAUGAUGACGACGAUAUACCCUCUAGACCAAACGCAUCGGCAUUAGAUACCACGGUUUCGGUGAAAGAUGAAAAGAAGACAAAGUUAGAAGAGAAGCGACGCGAAACAGAAAAGCAAGAAGCUGAAGCUCUAAAGAUAGCCAAGCAGCUUGCUGACCAAGAGUUGCAGGAUGAGGAAUAACAAUAUUCGUUAAUUUAUGGGCCCAUUUUCUCCCCCCCCCCCAAAUUAAAAAACCUGUCGUUGGCUUGUUUCUUGCCUUCUUUAUGCAACCAUGUCUAAAUCAAUAACAACUACAACAGCCAAAGAACUAGGAUUGUCUGGCGUAAAGAAAUCUUUAAUUGUCGUUCAACCAACUAUAUCCAUCCGCGACGCGCUUGAAGUCAUGUCUAGAAAUGGCAUUACGUCGCUACCAAUGUACUCCCACAGUAGUACCCAAAUCACUAGCAUUGUCAAUUUAUUUGAUAUUCUGAUUCACUUAGUCAAGGGUUCCGAAACGGCCUCCUUUGACCAAGAGGAGUUCGCCAAAUUGGCAGAACCGCUUGAGAACGUACUGGGUUUAGACGGAGAUAUGGAGAGUUAUCGUGUCUUCAAGUCUUACGAUACCGACGACCUUAUUGACACUUUGCAAGCUUUCGCGUCUGGCAUCCACCGUUCUCUUGUCGUCGACAAUAUGGACGUUUCUCCGCCUUGGCUGCUUACCCAAACGGACAUUCUCCGCUAUGUGUACCAGCACCCUGAGUCUCUGCAACCUUUGGGUAUAGAUGUUAAAAAAUCAAUUGGGGAGUUGCAAGUUCUUCCACCGUCGGCUUCGGUUGUUACAGCGUCUCCCGAUGAGCUUGCUGUGAACGUCUACAAAAAGAUGGGAAACCUCAAAGUUGCUGGUGUUCCCAUCGUGGAUGAAAACAACAAGAUUAUCUCGGACUUGUCAAUUGAAGAUUUGCCCUCGGCUGAUCUAACCAAGCCAAAUAACUUGGCACUUCCUUGUCUUAAGUUUUUAGAGGAACUGGGCAAGUCGAAAUCUUUAACCGUGCCCAAGGAUAUAACACUAAACGACUUGAUGCAGUCGUUGUUGACCCAAAGAGCUCAUCGUGCAUGGAUAGUCAGCCCCGAAAACACUCUUGAUGGAGUUAUUUCCAUGUCUGAUAUCAUAUCAUACAUUUGCCGUCAACAUCAGGCUCAAGUUCAUAACUGAAAGUUUCUUAUAUAUGAUGAUGAAUUCUCUAUAUGUGUAUAUAAUUUUCUUCUUUUUUACAUUACAUGUUUGAUGAAUUUCAAGGCUUUGGGUUGUGCAUAACUACACAGGCAACA